AUGGUAUACGAAAAUAAUAUUCCAAAAACCGAAACGGUUUAUGAGUUAAAAGAGAAUACUUAUGAAAUUAAAACUUCUAAGUUAUCUCCUGCUGCCAGAACAAAGGUAAUUAAAAUGUUUGGUGGUUAUUAUGUUAGUGAUAUCGCUUUAAUGGAAAUGUAUGGACCAGGAAUUUUAGAUGAAAUAAAGGUAGUUGGCACUAUUGAGUUUUGGAUUUCUAAGGGAGUUGAGGCAAAAGACGUAAUUAAGCAUAUAGUACACAAGAAUGAUGGAAUUGAAUAUAAAGUUGAAUACGUUAAAGAAAAUCUCUUUUUACCUGCAAUUUCUCCCGUUGAGAUAGCAAAAAAGUUAACUUAUCACGGUUUAGAGACUAAACUAAUUGAAAAAGAAGGAAAUAUAUAUCUUGAGUUCGAUUUGCUUCCUAAUCGUGAAAAUAAGCAAAAAAUACUUGAAGUAAAAAUUGAAAGUCGGAAUUGCCAAGCUUUUCAUUUAGGAUUAUCAAUUAAUAAUAUAGUAGAUGCUGCUAAUUUAGUAAUGUUAGAAAGCGGUCAACCCUUGCACAUCUUUGAUUAUGACAGUUUGCCAGAAAAAAAGGAAUUAAUAAUUCGGCAAGCUCGAGAGGGAGAAAUUAUGGUUUCGUUCCAAAAAAGUAGUUUAAUACUUAGUUCUAAGGAUAUGGUUAUUAGUUCUGGAGAAAAAAUUAUUGAUUUAGCCGGAAUUAUUGGCACUCAAGAAACCGGAAUAACUUCACGAACUAGGAACAUUCUUAUUGAAUGUGCUUCCUUUUGUCCUAAAACAAUCAGGACAACUACUAAUCGCUUAAAUUUUACUACUUCAGCUAGUCGUUAUUUUUGCCGAAAAAAUAGUUCUUUUUCUUCACCUAAAUAUAUUCUGCGAAGGGUUAUUUCUCUUAUUGUUGAUUCCUAUAAAGGAAAUUUAAACUCUGGAGAAUUUUUCACUUAUCAAGAGGUAAAAAAGAGCGAACCGAUGACCAUUACCAUUACGCAAAAUUUUAUUGAACAAAAAACCGGGGAAAAGUUUUCUGAAUUGGUAAUUGAAAAACUUUUGAAACAACUAAAUUUUUUUUGCCAAAAAAAAGGAACUUUUUACUAUGUGAUUGUUCCUCACUAUCGUUCGGACGUCGUUACUCGAGAGGAUUUAUUGGAAGAAUUGCUAAGAGUUUAUGAUUAUAAUGAAAUAACUGGUCAAUUGCCUAAUGAUUUCAAAGCAAUUUCUUUCAUUAGCAAUAGUGAUGAAAAAAAAAAACAACAAAUUAGAACUUAUUUAACUAAUUAUGGUUACCAAGAAGUUAUUACUUAUUCUUUGGUUGGAAAAAUGAGCAAAGAAUUUAAAGAAAACAAAGAGGGUUAUACUUGCUACGAAUUAUUGACUCCAAAAAACGAAUAUCAUAAGUAUUAUCGUCAAACCCUCGUUCCUAGCCAUUUAAAAAUUAUUAGUUAUAAUCUUUCCCAUAGUAACAAAAAUCUACUUUUUUUUGAGAUUGGCUCAGUUUACAAUUUUGAAAAAAAUGAAGAGUUGCUUAUUUUAAGUGGGGUUGCAGUUAUUUUUUCUCCAAUUUCUACUAGUUUUUUGAAUCCUUCCCAAAGUGCAGAAAUUUUUCUUAAUAAGGAAAAAAUAGGAUUUUUAGGUCAAGUUUCUCCCUCUGUUGCACAAAAUUAUCAAAUAAACGAGCCUGUAUUUAUUGCUCAAAUCUCUUUAACUAAAAUAUUUAAUUAUCUUAUUAAUUUUCCACGUAUAGUUAAUUACAAGGCUAUUUCUAAUUUUCCGGUUAGUGAGAGAGAUUUAUCUUUUCUUUUUCCGGAAGAUCUUGAUUAUAAUAAAGUGAUCGAAGAGAUAAAAAGGCUCGGAGGAGAUAAAUUAGUAGAAAUAAACAUUUUCGAUGUUUACCAAAGUGUUGAGAUGGGCAAAAGGAAACAAAAAUCAGUGUCUUAUCAUUUAGUUUUUCAAAGUUCUACUAAAACCUUGGAAAAUAAAGAGAUAGAAGAAAGCAUAAUCGAGAUUAGUGAAAAGGUAGAACAAAUUCAAGCCAUAUUAAGUCAAUUUAAGCAGUUGGUUCCUGAGGGUUUUACUGAAUUAGGUUCUACUGAGGAUUUAAAAGAACCGGUUUGUGAAAGAUAUAGUUUUAAACAUAAUGGUAAACUAAUUACUCUAGAUAUCGACAAAGAAUUAAGUGAUAGAUUAAAACUAAAUUCAGAAGAUAAUUUUUGUAUAGAUGAAAAAAUAUUACCAUCUGAUUUACCGGAAGAAGGUAUAAUAACUAUUAGGAAUGAAGAAGAAAUAUUUCUAAAAAAGUCUUUUACUGUUGAUAAUUUGGAAGAAGAUAUCAAUGAAUUAUUUAAUAAAAUAAUAGAAUUAAAAGGAGAAAAAGAGGAAAAACAAGGAACUAUUGAUAAUCUACAAAAUCAAUUAAACCAAAUUCAAAAUGAACGUGCUGCUUUUCCUAAUCUUCCCACUUUUGCUGAUUAUCAACUUUUGCAAAACGAACGAGAUAGAUUGCAGACUACCAUCACCCGUUUUCAAAUCCUUUUAGGAAUCAAUGACCUUAAUAAUUUGCCAGUCGUACUCCAAGGAGAAACCUUAACUAGUUUGUUGGCUAGACCAACCCUCACUCAACUAAAUGAUUUAAGAAGAGAAAAAGAUCAAGAAUUAACUACCAAAAAUACUCAAAUUGCCACAAUCAUCAAGCCUUUUAGUGAUGAACGUCAUGCGGAUUUAUAUAUGAGACGUCAUUUAGAUUUACACGACAUCAUAUCAGAUAAUCUUGAUUUAAAUUUUCCUUUCUCUUAUGGGGUUAUUCCCCUUUUAUUAGAUUCUCCUAACUUAAAGCAGCCAAAGUUACCCAACAAAUUAAGAGAACUUGAAAUUAAGGAUUGCCCUAAUUUAAAAGGACUAGAUUUUCCUACUUCGCUGCAUUGUUUUAAGAUUUCGGGUUAUCAAGCAAGUUUAUCAAAAUUAGAGUUUAACGCUGGUAUUUUUAUAGUUCGUUUAGCAGAAGAUUGA